GAGAAAGUUCCACUGCAAGAGGCCCAAAGGCAUAAUCAUUUCCCUCUUUGACCUGUCUAGAUUGCCAGCAGAUCCCAGGGGCCCUCUGAGACUGAACCUUGGUCCUCAGGUCCCUCCAGCAAAAGAAAGAUGAAUUUCUGCAUUGUCCUGAAGAUAGUACUACUGUCUGGGCCCUUUCUCUUCGCCCCCGCCUUGAGCUACAACCUGGAUGUGAAGCAUGUGCAGAGCUUUUCCUUUCCCCAAGCUGGAAGGCACUUCGGGUACCGCGUCCUGCAGGUUGGAAACAGGGUUGUCGUGGGAGCUCCAGGUGAGGGGAAUAGCACAGGAAACCUCUAUCAGUGCCAUCCAAGCACUGGAAACUGCUUACCAGUCAACCUGAGUGGUUCCAACCAUACCUCUAAGUACAUGGGAAUGACCUUGGCAACAGAUCCCACACGUGGAAACAUUUUGGCCUGCGAUCCUGGGCUGUCUCGGACAUGUGAUCAGAACACCUACCUGAGUGGCCUGUGUUACCUUUUCCACCAGAAUCUGCAGGAUCCUGUGCUGCAAGGGCGCCCUGGUUAUCAGGAAUGUAUAAAGGGCAAGGUAGACCUGGUAUUUCUAUUCGAUGGCUCAAACAGUUUGCGGCAAGAUGAAUUUCAGAAAAUUCUGGACUUCAUGAAGGAUGUGAUGAGGAAACUCAGCAAUACUUCCUACCAGUUUGCUGCUGUUCAGUUUUCCACCAUCUGCCGAACAGAAUUUAAUUUCUCAUAUUAUGAUAAAGUGAAGGACCCAGAUGUUCUGCUAGCCAAAGUAGAACACAUGGGCGAGCUGACCAACACCUUUCGUGCCAUCAACUAUGUUGCGAAAGAGGUGUUUCGGCAAGAUCAGGGGGCCCGACCGGAUGCCACCAAAGUGCUCAUCAUCAUCACUGAUGGGGAGGCCAGUGACGAUGGCGACAUUGGCGUGGCCAAAGACAUCAUCCGCUACAUCAUUGGGAUUGGAAAGCAUUUUAAAACCAAGGAAAGUCAGGAGACACUCCACAAGUUUGCCUCAAACCCCAUAGAGGAGUUUGUGAAGAUUCUGGACACAUUUGAGAAGCUUAAAGAUCUAUUCAGUGAGCUACAGAAGAAGAUCUAUGUGAUUGAAGGCACAAGCAAACAGGACCUGACCUCCUUCGACAUGGAGCUGUCCUCCAGUGGGAUCAGCGCUGACCUCAGCAAGAGCCAUACAGUUGUGGGGGCAGUUGGAGCCAAGGACUGGGCUGGGGGCUUCCUAGACUUGAAGGCAGACCUGAAGGGUGAAAUAUUUGUUGGCAACAAACCACUGACACCAGAAGUGAGAGCGGGAUAUUUGGGUUACACAGUGGCCUGGCUGCCCUCACAAAGGAAAACAUCACUGCUGGCAGUGGGAGCCCCCCGAUACCAACAUGUGGGCCGAGUACUGCUGUUCCAAGAGCCAAAGAACAGAGGACAGUGGAGCCAGGUCCAGAAAAUAGAAGGGACUCAGGUUGGCUCUUACUUUGGUGGGGAGCUGUGUGGUGUUGACAUGGAUCAGAAUGGGGAAAUGGAGCUGCUGCUGGUGGGAGCCCCGCUGUUCUAUGGGGAUCAGAGGGGAGGCCGGGUGCUCAUCUACCAGAGACGACAGCUGGGAUUUGAAGAGGUCUCAGAACUGCAUGGGGAUCAUGGCUAUCCCCUGGGAAGGUUUGGAGCGGCCAUCGCUGCCCUGACAGACAUCAACGGGGAUAGGCUGAUGGAUGUGGCUGUGGGAGCCCCCCUGGAGGAGCAGGGGGCUGUGUACAUCUUCAAUGGGCGACAGGAUGGGCUCAGCGUCCAGCCAAGUCAGCGGAUAGCAGGGACCCGGCUGUUCUCAGGAAUUCAGUGGUUUGGACGCUCCAUCCACGGGGUGAAGGACCUUGAAGAGGAUGGCCUGGCAGACGUGGUUGUGGGGGCUGAGGGCCGGGUAGUUGUGCUGAGUGCCCGGCCUGUGGUAGAUGUGGUCACUCAGAUGUCCUUCUCCCCAUCUGAGAUCCCAGUGCAUGAAGUGGAGUGCUCCUAUUCAACCAGUAACAGGAAGAAGGAAGGAGUUAACAUCACAGUCUGUUUCCAGGUCAAGCCUCUCAUCCCUCAGUUCCAAGGUCGUCUAGUUGCCAAUCUCACUUAUACUCUGCAGUUGGAUGGCCAUCGGACCAGAAGCCGGGGGUUGUUCCCAGGAGGGAGACAUGAACUCAGCAGGAACACAGCUGUCACCUCAGACAAGUCCUGUACUGAGCUCUGGUUUCAUUUCCCGGUAUGCAUUCAAGACCUCAUCUCCCCCAUCAAUGUCUCCCUGAAUUUCUCUCUUUGGGAAGAAGAAGGACCACCAAGGGACCAAAGGACGCAGGUCAAGGACAUACAGCCCAUCCUGAGACCCUUACCACACUCAGAGACCAGAGAGAUCCCUUUUGAGAAGAACUGUGGGGAGGACAAGAAGUGUGAGACAAACCUGCAGCUGUCCUUCUCCCCUGCCGGAUCCAGAGCCCUGCGUCUGACCCCUUCUGCCAGCCUCUCUGUGGCGCUGACACUGAGUAACUUGGCAGAAGAUGCUUACUGGGUCCAGCUAGACCUGUUCUUCCCUGAGGGACUCUCCUUCCGCAAAGUGGAGAUGCUCAAGCCUCACAGCCAGAUACCUGUAGUCUGUGAGGAACAUCCCAAGGAGUCCAAGUAUCUGUCCAAGAAGCUCUCUUGCAAUGUGAGCUCUCCCAUCUUCAAAGCAGGCAGCUCGGUUGUUAUCCAGGUGAUGUUUAACACGCUGCUGAACAGUUCCUGGGGGGACUUGGUCAUGCUGCAUGCCACUGUGAACUGUGACAAUGAGGACUCAGACCUCCUGAAGGACAACUCAGCCACUGUCAGCAUCUCAGUCCUGUACCCUAUCAACAUCCUCAUCGAGGACCACAAAAACUCCACACUCUAUAUCAGUUUCACCCCCAAAGGGCCCAAGAUCCAGGAAGUCAAGCACAUCUACCAGGUGAGGAUUCAGCCUUCCAACUAUGACCACAACAUGCCCACCCUGGAGGCCUUGGUUGGUGUACCACAACCUCCCAGUGAGGGGCCCAUUACGCACAAGUGGAGGGUGCAGAUGGACCCUCCUGUCCUCUGCCAUCAUGAGGACCUGAAGAGGCUUCCCAGUGCGGCUGAGCCUUGUCACCCCGGAGCCGAGUUCCGCUGCCCAGUUGUCUUCAAGCAGGAAAUCCUCAUCCAACUGAUUGGGACGGUGGAGCUGGUGGGGGAGAUCGAGGCCGCCUCCAUGCUCAGCCUCUGCAGCUCCCUCUCCAUCUCCUUCAACAGCACCAAGCAUUUCCACCUCUAUGGCAGCAACACCUCCCUGGCCCAGGUCACCAUGAAGGUUGACAUCAUGUACGAGAAGGACAUGCUGUAUCUCUACGUGCUGAGCGGCGUCGGGGGGCUGCUGUUGCUGCUGCUGAUUUUUAUAGCACUGUAUAAGGUUGGCUUCUUUAAACGGAACCUGAAGGAGAAGAUGGAGGCUGAUGCAAGUGUCCCAAAUGGAAUCUCUGGAGAAGACUCUGGGCAGCUGGCAUCUGGGGAAGAGACCAAGGAUCCGGGUUGCCUGGAGCCCCUGCAUGAAGAGGAGGCCCAGGAUGGAGGUGGCAAGGACUGAGGCCUAGGCCUGGUGCACAGAGACCCAGGACUGGGUCUGGGAUGCUGGAGACCUGUCUGCCUCAACCUGCAUUUCUGCUGUGUCCUCGGGCAAGUCACUGCCCCUCUCUAGGCCUCAGUUUCCCUAUCUUGAACGUGGAACUCAUUCCCACCUGCCUCCUUUUGUGGGCUCACAGUGAGAAUCUGCUGAGGCACAAGCCGGGAAGGCUACAGAGGUGAGGCCUUGUAGUUAUGAGAUGGUCCCAUCUUCUACCAGUGUCCCUUACUUCCCUCCCCUGGAACAGAAUAUCUGAUCUAAAUUUGGAGAAACUGUAGUCUCAAGACCUAGUGGCUCUCUCAAGACCUAGUGGCACACCUGCUCUUAAAUGUCCACGGAUGCCUCAGACUCCCAGAACCUUUCCCGGCACUCUCUACUGCCUGGCAGGCAGCCAGUGUUCCAUUCUGGUGCCAGAGAGCAAAUGUGAUUGGUGUCACUACAUGACUGCAACCAUUGCCUUGCUCUUUGGCCAAAGACCAAAUUCCUUAAUAGGUUUUCCAAGGCUCUGCAAAACUGGGCCCCUGUGGCCUUCCCAGCCUCUUUAGCGACAUCCACCUCCCUCUCUAAGCUCCGGUUACACCAGUCUUUCUCAAACCAAGCUCCUUUCUGUCUUGUUGCCUUCACCCUGAUGACUCCCUUGGCUUGGAACCUUCCUCUCCACUCUCCUGGCUCACUCACACUCAGCCGCAGAUCCCCACUCGCAAAUCAUUUCCUCAGGGCCGCCCCUGACCAACUCAGUAGGGUUCCCACGUUGUUCACACUUACUCCAGCCCCCAGGUACUUCAGGGUACAGGUCAUGUUUGCUAACUGUUUAAUGAUUUAUGCACUUCAUAUCUAUCUCUCUGACAGUGAACUCCAUGAGGGUAGGGACCAUACCUCUCUUGUUCACCUUGGGACCCCUGGUGAUAUCAAAGGACAGGGCACAUAGGUGCUUGACAUAAUUUCAUUGAAUUAAUGACAGAGCCUGUGGGAAGACACAGAAAAAGCUUGAUGACCCCCUGGCAUCCACAUCCUUUGGGGCUCAGUCUUCCUAGGCUCAGCCCCUGUCCUGGCUCCACAGCCUCCCACAGGACUCACCACACCUGUGCAGGGGCCCCCACUGGGUGACUGUGACUCAAAGUGGGGACUACAUCUGUUCCCCUGGGGCCCUAGCACCAAGCACAGUGCCAGCAGACAUUUGCCCAAUAAAUCUGAAAUUCUGUCCAAAAUUGUGAUGCAUUUCUGUGGGUGCCAUCAUUCCCACCUGGCUCAAUUAAAUGAAUAUUUCCCUCUCAACCCUUUCAUUAAAUGGGACCCAAAUAGCUCUUCUUCCUUUCUUUUCUUUUUUUGGGGGACAAUGACCCUCAGAUACUGACCUGUAUAUGACAUCAUGGGUUCAUUCAAAAGAGAAGCAGAGAGAGUCACAGAAUGUGAGAAAUAUUAGGAAACAUUUGACAAAUCAUUAUCAUGGGCAUAUAGACGCAGAUGCUCUGCACCAUUUUUUUUUUUUUUAGAGACAGAGUCUCACUUUGUCACCCUCGGUAGAGUACAGUGAUAUCCCAGCUCACAGCAACCUCCAGCUCUUGGGCUUAAGCAAUUCACUUGCCUCAGCCUCCAGAGUAGCUAGGACCACAGGUGCCCGCCACAACGCCCAACUAUUUUUUGUUGCAGUGUGGCAGGGGGCCCAGUUCGAACUCGCCACCCUCAGUAUAUGGGGCCAGCGCCCUACUCACUGAGCCACAGGUACCCCCCCCUUCAGAAGGAACAGAGUGGGGCCAGCCACUGCUGCCCUCUUGUGGUCAGCAGGCCUCCCUGGAAACAUGAAGUGACUGUAAGUCCACCUCUCCAUCUAGCACUAGCAGGAGAGAGAAAACAUUGCAACUGUAGAAGCCAGAGGUGAGAAGCAACAGUCUGGUGUCCCCAGCAAGACCUUUGAUGACCCCCUUUCUGCCUACAGGAGAAUAGGUGAACAUUCCUGAGUGUUGCAUGCAAUACCCAAAAAAGUCUCUCAAAGCCUCAGACCCUCCAACCUCAUCAACUACUCUCCUGGGAAUCAGCUCCCAGAGAACCAUGUGGGUGGCACAUAAGCAGACAUCAGGAAGGAAGCAGAGAGACCCAUUUUUCCGGAGAGGAGGAAAAAGGCUUACCUUUCAGGCAUAUUACAGAACUACUAAAAGUACAUGAAAUAGUAAUAGGUAUCAUGAAACAUAAGUCAGCUUCUAUUCAUUCGUAUUUCUUUCUUUCUAUUUUUUUUUUUUUUUGAGACAGAGUCUCACUAUGUCACCCUCAGUAGAGGGCUGUGGUGUCAGCUCACAGCAACCUCCAACUCUUGGGCUUAGGCAAUUCUCCUGCCUCAGCCUCCCAAGUAGCUGGGACUACAGGCGCCCGCCACAACGCCUGGCUAUUUUUUGUUGCAGUUGUUAUUGUUUUAGCUGGCCCGGGCUGGGUUUGAACCCACCAACUUCAUUAUAUGUGGCUGGUGCCGUAACCACUGUACUACAGGCACUGAGUCCAUUCAUAUUUCUUGAGUGUUUGUGUCAGGCCCUGUUCUGGGCUCUGAAGAUGUAAAGAUGAACAAGACAGACAAGUUCUUGCUCUCGGGAAGCUUUUGCUCCAGUAAGAAAACAGUUAACAAGUAGAACUGUGAUUGCCAGUAGUAAUAGGGGCUGUGAAGAAAAUAAAGUGGGAUAGUCAGGGGCUGAUGGAGGAUGUCAUAGGUAGGUGGUCAGGGAAUGAUAUUUUGUGACACACACAAAAUUGUAAAUAUUUUCAUCAAAGUUGAAACGAAUAAAGUGAGUGUCCUUUCAGGAUGAGCGUUGUCAUCACCCUGUCCAGGAAACGUAACCUAAUGGCCCUGGCAGGGCAUGUAGCUCACGCCGGUAAUCCUAGCACCCUGAGGCUCUGUGCCUGUGGCUCAAGCAGAUAAGGCGCCAGCCACAUACACCUGAGCUGGCAGGUUCGAAUCCAGCCUGGGCCUGCCAAACAACAAUGACAGCUGCAACCAAAUAAUAGCCGGGCAUUGUGGCGGGUGCCUGUAGUCCCAGCUACUUGGGAGGCCGAGGCAGGAGAAUCACUUGAGCCCAGGAGUUGGAGGUUGCUGUGAGCUGUGAUGCCAGGGCACUCUACCCAGGACGACAGCUUGAGGCUCUGUCUCAAAAAAAAAAAAAAAAAAAAAAAAUCCUAGCACUCUGGGAAGCCCAGGCGGGUGGAUUGCCUGAGCUCAUAGGUUUGAAACCUAACAGCACCUGUCUUCACAUACCUACUUAUCUUUCCCCACCGCUGUGACUUUGCACAUGCUGUUCCCCUUGCCACCAUGGCCUGCUCCACCUCUUUUAUGUACAUUAAAAUCUUCCUUACCGUAGGCCAGACUGUUGGUUCACACCUGUAAUCCUCGCACUCUGGGAGGCCAAGGCAAGAAGAUCACUUGAGUUCAGGAGUUUGAGACCAGCCUGAGCAAGAGUGAGACCCUGUCUCUACUAAAAAUAGAAGAAUGAGCCAGGUAUUGUGGCAAACACCUAUAGUCCCAGCUACUUGGGAGCCUGAAGUAGGAGGAUAACUGAAGCCCCGGAGUUUGAGGUUGCUGUGAGCUAUGACACCAUGCCAUUCCAGCCUGGGACAGUUGAGUGAGACUCUGUCUCAAAAUAAUUUAAAUAUGGCUCAAGCGCCAGCCACAUACACCUGAGCUGGCGGUUUCGAAUCCAGCCUGGACCCGCCAAACGACAAUGAUGGCUGCAACUAAAAAAUAGCUGGGCGUUGUGGCGGGCGCCUGUAGUCCCAGCUAUUUGGGAGGCAGAGGCAGGAGAAUCGCUUAAGCCCAAGAGUUGGAGGUUGCUGUGAGCUGUGAUGGCACAGCACUCUACCCAGGGCAAUAGCUUGAGACUCUGUCUCAAAAAAAAAUAAAUAAAUAAUAAUAAUAAUGAUUAAAAUAUUAGCCAGCAUUGUGGCUGAGGUGGAAGGAUUUCUUGAGCCCAGGAGUUCAAGGCUGCAGUGAGCUAUAAUUGCACCACUACACUCCAGUCUGAGUGACAUAGCAAGACUCUGUCUCUAAAACAAAGAACACUCAAGCUACCCAGAGUAAUGACAUGUCAUCACAUGUUAUAUAACCUCUAGAAAACACUGUACUUGUGAGAGAAAGAGUGAAAAAAGUAAACAUCAUAAUACUUUCUUUUUUUUUUUUGGGUAGAGACAGAGUCUCACUUUGUCACCCUUGGUAGAGUGCCGUGGCGUCACACAACUCACAGCAACCUCCAGUUCCUGGGUGUAGGCGAUUCUCUUGCCUCAGCCUCCCAAGUAGCUGGGACCACAGGUGCCUGCCACAAUGCCCAGCUAUUUUUAACUUUUUUUAUUUUUUUAUUAAAUCAUAGCUGUGUACAAUAAUCCAGCUAUUUUUUUGUUGCACUUAAUCCGGGGCUGCGUUUGAACACACCAUCCUCAGUAUAUGGGGCCAGCACCCUCCUCACUGAGCCACAGGUGCUGUCCUUAAUACUUUUUAGAAAAUAGUCAAAACUCAUUCAGCUUUGGAUUCAAAUCCAGGCUCUGCUUCCUAGCCAUAUGAGGUGGGCCAAUUACUUAACCUCUUUGGGAUAUGUUUCUUCAUUUGUAAAAUGGGAAAAACUGUCACAUAUUCAGUCCCUUAUUAUUCAGGAGGCUGAGGCAGGGAGGAUCACUUAAGCUCAGGAGGUUGAGUCCAACUUGGGCAACACAGAGCAACCCUAUCUCUAAAAAACUAAACCAAACCAAAGUGUAUGUACGUUAGAGCUGUUGUGAGCAUUGAGAAUUAAAUGUGAUAACACUUGUAAACCGCUUAGCACAGUUCUCAGCACAUAAAUGCUUGAUGAUGGCAGUAGAUAGAAAUGGUUUAUUGGGCUUGGCGCCUGUAGCUCAGCAGCUAGGGUUCCAGCCACAUAUAUCAGAGCUGGCGGGUUCGAAUUCGACCUGGGCCUGCCAAACAACGACAACUACAACCAAAAAUAAAUAAAUAAAUAGCUGGGCCUUGUGGUAGGCGCCUGUAAUCCUAGCUACUUGGGAGGCUGAGAAAGGAGAAUCACUUAAGCCUGAGAGUUUGAGGUUACUGUGAGCUGUGAUGCCACAGCACUCUACCAAGGGCAAAAAAGUGAGACUCUGUCUCAAAAAAAAAAAAAAAAAGGUUUAUUGGCCGGGUAUGGUGGCUCACACUUGUAAACCCAGCACUCUGUGAAUUGCCUGAGCUCAGGAGUUUGAGGCCAUCCUAUGCAAGAGCGAGACACCGUCUCUAAAAAAUAUAUGUGCCCAGCAUUUGUGGUGGGCACCUGUAAUCCCAGCUGCUCUGGAGAAUGAGGCAAGGAAGAUCCUUUGAGCCCAAGAGUUGGAGGUUGCUAUAAGCUAUAAUGCCAGCGCACUCUACUGAGGGUGACAAAGUAAGACUGUCUCAAAAAAAAAAGAGAGAGAGAGAAAAAAAUGGGUUUUUUGCCAGGUUGGUGUUAGCGGAAGCGGCAUGCUGGACCAUGUGUCAAGAGAGGUAUGUUAGAGGUAUAGCUCUUCCAUGAGGCUUUUUUUUUUAGUUUACACAAAUAUGUGCUAUUGUGUUGUCUUCUAUGAGCUUUUUGUGUGAUCUUGGGGGAGAUACAUUCCAUUCAGGGUCUGGUCUACUCCACUUUGCCCCUAGAGGUAUCUCAGGAGAUCAUAGAAGAGAAGGGUGAAUCUGAGCAGCGGAGUUCCCCCUCUCACUGGCUCUGGUUUAGUAUCCUGAGGUUUUGUACAUACACAGGCCACUUUAUCAAUUAAGCACCAUAGGCACUGGGCCCAGCGCCUCCCAGCUUUCAAGGACCUACAGACAUAUUUGGGAGCUGAAAAACAUUAACUCCAAAAUAUGAAAAUUAAACAGAAUUAAAAUGAUUGUUUAAGUAUCUAUAUGUAUAAUAUCAUGUCAGGUAGUCAACAGCAUGUGUAUUCAACAUAUAUAGUUAUAUAUAUGUGGAAAAGUAUAUUAAAUGUAGGAGUUGGGGUAUUAUAACAUUUGAAAUUAUGUAUGGUAAAAUGUCCUUAGAAAAAUCUGCAUAAAUUUUAUAAAAAUCUUUAAAAGAUUAUAA